AUGGACGGUGCCACGAAAUCGGGUUAUAUUCCGAUGAAGCUUGACGAUGAGCAGGACGAACAGGUCAGGUCUCCCUCUGUCGCCCCGCUGCUGGACAAUAUUGACCUCGGCGAACCCGUCGCGCGCUACGAGAUCAAUGAGCUCUUUAACAGGCCUUACACUAUCUAUCGUGGCGCUCCUUCUGACGAGGUCGAUGCCGCUUGGGAUGCCAUAGCUGAAGUCGGCAUCGUCCUCAUAAGCGGCGAGGACGUCCGUGGACUUGGCAAAGAUCCGUCCAGAACAGUGAAGGCUCCACCUGAAUGGGAUGCACACCUUGCCCAAAUUGAUGGCCAGCACCAGAUCCACUGCCUGAACGUCCUCCGCAAGUGGGGUCAUUACGACUAUUACUUCCGGCCCAAAUUUGGCGACGAUCCCGGCUUGCUCCAUAAUUCCCAUAGAGAUCAUUGUGUCAUGCUGUUGCUGCAAACAUUAACCUGCCAGCCGAGCUUAGAUCUAAUCACGCACAACUGGGUCGAAACGCAGCAGUAUCCCGUACCGGAUUUCAACAUGAACCGCAAGUGUAAGAGCCACGAUAGGAUUAUAGACUGGCAGAGGAGCAAUAUGAUCACGAUGGAUCAAUGGGACGAGAUUCGGCCGCAACCAGGAGACUUUUUCCUACCGUUAUGGCCCGAACUGGUCGAAAUAAACAAACAGAACGGAUGGAAUGGUACCCGCUAG